AGACAAUUCCAGCUGACACCACUCGUAACCAGAAUCGCCGCAAGCCAAUCUGUCUCCGCCAGGCGCCAAGCCAACCCUCACCACCACCCGUCCACCGUGCAUCACCGCCCACAGCCUUUAUUCGCCACCGCAGCACCCCCUGCUCGGCCGCCCGCCCCCGAGUUCCCACUCGGCCACUUCCCACAUCUCUCUCUCUCUGGCUCUCUGCUCGCCACGCGCCGUACCAGCGCCGCGCGCCACAUGGCUCCCUCGUUCACUAGCCUCCUCUCGGCCGCGAACUCCGCCGCCGCCGCGACCGCCUCGCGGCUCCCCUCGGCCGCCGCCGGACGGGCAUCCACUUUUGUGCGCUUCCCGCAUCACCCGACGGGCUGGGCUGGGGCCUCCGUCGCGGCGCCGCGUACGGCGCGCAAGCGGGCACCCGGCGUCGCCUACGCCACCGCAGCUACCGAGAAGAGCAUCUACGACUACACCGUUAAGGACAUUGAUGGAAAAGAUGUUCCUCUUAAAAAGUUCAAGAAUAAGGUGUUGCUGAUUGUUAACGUUGCUUCUCAAUGUGGGUUGACAACAGCAAAUUACACUGAACUAUCUCAUAUCUAUGAGAAGUACAAGACUCAAGGGUUUGAGAUCCUUGCAUUUCCUUGCAAUCAAUUUGGUGCACAAGAACCUGGAUCAAAUACUCAGAUUAAGCAGUUUGCAUGUACAAGAUUCAAAGCUGAAUUUCCGAUUUUUGACAAGGUUGAUGUCAAUGGACCUAAUACAGCUCCCAUCUAUAAAUUUCUGAAGUCCAGUGCAGGAGGAUUUUUGGGUGAUCUCGUGAAAUGGAAUUUUGAGAAGUUCUUAGUGGAUAAGAAUGGCAAAGUCAUUGAGAGAUAUCCACCAACAACUUCACCUUUCCAGAUUGAGAAGGACAUCCAGAAACUGCUCGCGGCAUAAGUACUUCCAAGUCUUUCAGCCAGCAGGAGACUCUGAGUUUGUGUGGAGGUCCUCCCGAAGACUUUAAUCUCUUGAUUUGAGAAAGGAAACUCAAGCUUGAUCUAGGUGAUCGCUUGAGAGAGGGAAAGAGUUGAAAGAGACACAUCCUAAGUGGACUCCUUAAUAGAGAGGUAGGUUUCCUUUAGAAACCAAACUCUGGUAAAUAAAUCAUUUGUAUCUUGUGUUGCCUUUCCUUGUGAUUUAUUUCUCCCUUCCCUCUUCUAAGUUUGCUUGCUCGUGUUUGAUUGAAAAUCAUUUGUGUUGCUACUGAAGUAAUUCUGUAACCAUUAAGAGCAACACUAGCAAGAAGAACACCUCUCCCUCACUCC